UCGGUUUGGAGGUGGCGCUACCAGCAGCAGCAACUCUCCGAUGUAUGAAUGGGUGUGUUUUAGGCCUCCUGUAAACUCUGGCUUGUGGGCCUAGAAUAUAAUAUAUUUAGCUAGUAUGGGACUGUUUGGUUGCUAUCAACCUUGAAUCACACCCCCUAUCCUAGUUUCCGCCACCCCCCGGGGCUUCACGACGAAGAAUGGACCUUAAUUUCUACUCUGAGCUGUCGGACGGUUGUACUCAAAAUGUUGACUCAGAGUUUUUGGAUCACCAGGCAUAUGGAGGAUACUCACAGGGAAAUAAGUUUUCAGAAGGCAACGACGGUUACCUCACCAUCAGCGGAGCAGGGCACCCGUUUUUGUCUUCAGAGCAGACAUUUCAUACGCCUAGUCUUGGGGAUGAAGUUUUCGAGAUUCCCCCGAUUUCCCUUGACCCGGACCCAUCCUUGGGCAUCAGUGAUGCGGUGGCCCACUUCGAGCUGACAGAUGGGUCAGAGGGAACUGGGGGACAUUCGGGCUCCCGUAGCCUUGUUAGCAACCUUGUAGUGGAAGCCAAUGACCCUUCCUUUGCUUCCACCUUUGUGAACUCUGGCUCUCAAGGCCUGGAGCAGCAGAACCUUGGGGCUAUGGGCCAAUCAGGAGGAGGAGCCCUGCUGAGCUCUUCUGCACUGGAGCUGGGCAGCUCUAGUGGUUCACACUUCAGUAGUUCUUCCCCCAUGACCAUUGAUGUUCAGCUCUGUGGCAUUGGUCAUGGUCUUUUGGGUGGUCAUCUUACUACUAUUAACCAGUCAGAGCUUUCACUGGGUCUGGGGGGUGAAAAUAUUGGCCACCCUUCUGAAGCACCCAAGCAGCCUCUGUCAGCAACGCCAUCCCCAGCAGGCUCCUUACAGGACGAGGACAUGGAUGACUUCAAGAAGAGUGUGCUGGUAGACUCUCCAAUGUCUCUCUCGUCUUCCUCUGGCCUCCUCAACAUGUCGCACCACCCGGCUCCUCCAUCAUCCAUUUCCCCUGCUACGGCCCGGAGGGGUGGGGGCAAACCCGCUGCACUAGCCUCAGCGAGUGUGAUGGCGGGCCCGAAGAAAGGAAGGAAGAAGAAAGACCCCAAUGAGCCACAGAAGCCAGUUUCAGCUUACGCUCUGUUCUUCAGAGACACCCAGGCAGCGAUUAAAGGCCAGAACCCCAAUGCUUCUUUCGGGGAGGUGUCAAAGAUCGUGGCCUCCAUGUGGGACAGCCUGGCUGAGGAACAGAAACAGGUGUACAAGAGGAAGACAGAAGCAGCCAAAAGGGAGUAUUUGAAAGCGCUCGCAGCUUACAGAGCUAACCAGCUCUCACAGCCAGCUACUGAGGAGAUGGAAACUGCCCCUUCGCCACCUUCACCUGUGGUUAACUCAACUCCUGCACCCCUUCCCUCUGCCGGCCACCAGGUAGCCCGUGUGGCAAGCAGCAACAUGGAAGAAAACACCAUUACUAAUAUUUGUGCCUCCAACAUCAUCCUGGACGUCCCAGAGGUGACCACACGUUCCCGCACAGGGGCAAACAAAGCUUCUACUCCAGCAGCUUCAGUUGCCCCCACCCAGACCAUCACCAAGAUCAUAAUCCCCAAGCACAUUCUGCAGGGAGGGGGGCAGGUGGUGACUGUGUUGCCUGGAGGGGUCCACGCCUUGCAGCCUACCCUCGUGGUAUCGGGCGCCUCACGUCAGCCGCCGCCAUUGCAGCAGAUGCAGAAUGCACCGCCUCCGCCUCGGCUCCAGCAGAUGGCACCAGCACCUCCACCCUUACAGGCCAAACCUCGGGAGGGAACACCCGGCCACCCUGUGUCCAUCACAGCUACACCCCCUCCUCCACUUCAAAUAAAAAUAGUUCCUGCCCCCAUUCAGGGCAAAGAGGCCCUGCCAAUUAUUGUCCCCAGUACAGCAGCUGGCUCAUCUGCUGCAACCACAUCUGCCCAGGCUGCACCUGUUGUCUCAGUGCUGCAAGUGGAGGAUUCUGCUGAGACAUCAGGCAAUCCAGACGAUGAUGAUGUUACAGAAGUACUGCCAUCAGAAGAGGAGGAGAUGGAGGUGAGUGAGUCCCGUGACGCCGCUGCAGUGAAGACCGUGUGCGUGAGGGCAGGCUGCAACAACCCGGCAGUAGAGAGUGAAGACUGGGACAAAGAGUACUGCAGUAAUGAAUGUGUGGCCACUCACUGCAGAGAUGUGUUUAAGGCGUGGUGCUCCAUAAGGAAUCAGAACAUGGGAACAGUGAAGUAACAGAGCAGCUGCUGCCUGUCACAUCAACAAGCGUCUUCAUUUUUCACGAGGAUCAAGCAUUAACAGCCGUAGGGUGGAUGUAGAAUUGGCGCAGUACAGAAAUGAAUUUCACAACAAAUAGUCAUAAUUGGCACCAGUUUGUACAUGAACUCAUAGGUCUGACAGUGUUUUUCAGGACAGUAAAUAUUGCUGUUGUGGCACAGCAGAGUAGUGUUGACCUUGUUAACUACAGGCAUGGAUGCAAUGUAGAUAAAUGUGCAUUGAUAUGUUUGAGUAUGUAUACCAUUUUUAGUGAGGCAUCAAGGAGUAUUCAGGCAGCUAGAAUAUUAUGAGAUAAUGAUACUCUAUUACUUUAUAGUUGUUUACUACAAGGUGUUGAAGACCAAAAGAGGACAAAAACAAUUCUGUUUGGUGCUUUCUGACUGAUUUUCUACAUCAAGGUUUAAAAUCCAUAGUUUGACUCCUUUUGUAUCAAGAAAGAUGACCUGUAACUGCACCGGUUCUUGUUUUGUCAGCAGAAAAUGUUUGUACUGUAUAACCUGUUUUGUACUGAGGAUAGCGGCCUUCCUGGCUCAUUAUUGCCUUUGUUUUUUUGUUUUCAAAAACAAUAUCUGACAGCUGUUCAAGAAUACUCGCCCUUCAUGUUUUCAUAAUAAAUGAGCAAAAUUGCUCAAACUUGUGUUUAUAUCCAUAUGUCCCCUAAUCCUGGCUUACAUAAUUUUAUAAGAAAUAUUCUUCUGACAAAUUACACACCGUGACUGCCGGGCAGGAGGAAAAGAGGAAGACCACAGAGGAGGUUCAUGGAUGUGAAGGACGACAUGCAGACAGUUGGUGUGACAGGAAGACGCUAUUCUGUAG